UUCGCAGCGUUGACACCUUAUUAAUAUUCCGCACUAAAUGGUGUCAUUCCAGUGCAAUUUUGGCCGGUCCUAAAAUGAAUUUUGAAGGCAUCAAUAUACCCCAAAAACUGGUGCCCAACAACUACUUACAACUGGGAUUAGAAGCGCAGCGUGUGAAGCAGCGUCAUGUGAAGGAACUGCUCGAGAAGCGUAAAUUGCCGGAAAAUGGUUGGCGGGACGAGGAGAUUGAGGAGCUGGUGCACCAACUGGCCGCCCUGGACAGCAACAAUUUCGCCCACAAUGUGGGUCUGGGUGAGCGUGAAGCGCGCAUUGCGUGCAGACUUGUGGCGCGACGACAUUAUAAUUUUGGACAUGGCAUUGGUCGCUCGGGGGAUCUGUUGGAGGCACAGCCGAAAGCAGCCGGCUCCACGCUGCUGGCGGCAUUGACAAACGCGCUGCUGUUCGAGCUGCUGCAGAUGCUGGGCAUGCACAGCUGCCGUGGCUGCUUUCUGGUGCCCAUGGCCACUGGGAUGACGUUGAUGCUGUGUCUGCAGGCGCUACGCAAGCGUCGACCCAAUGCCAAAUAUGUGCUCUGGUCACGCAUCGAUCAGAAAUCCUGUUUCAAGGCAAUUACAGCUGCCGGUUUACAGCCAAUUGUGAUACCCUGCCUGCUGCUAGAGCAGGAGCAAUCCCUGAUCACCGAUUGCGAGAAGUUUAAAGAGAAAAUUGAGGAACUGGGCGCCGACAGCAUACUCUGCCUGUACACGACAACCAGUUGCUUUGCGCCACGCAAUAGCGACAACAUCGUUGCGAUUGCCAAGCUGGCCAAGAGCAACUCAUUGCCACACCUGGUGAACAAUGCUUAUGGCCUGCAGGUAGCUGCAAUCAGUGGGCAAUUGGAGAAGGCGCAGCGCGUUGGACGCAUUGAUUACUUUGUGCAAAGCACAGAUAAAAAUCUCCUUGUGCCCGUCGGCGGCGCCAUUGUCGCCAGCAGCGAUGAGCAGCUGCUGCAGCAUUUGGCCAGCUGUUAUGCGGGUCGUGCGAGCAGCUCCCAAACUCUGGAUGUAUUCAUGACGCUGCUCUCACUGGGAUGCAGUGGCUAUCAAUCUCUGCUUGUGCAGCGUCAGCAGCGAUAUCAAUGUCUCAAGCAGCGACUGCAACAGUUUGCCAAGGAGCACAACGAAACCGUGCCACAGAUGGCAGACAAUCACAUAUCGCUAGCGUUGACACUGGGUACGUUGACCUCUUGUCCGGGCGGUCGCAACAUCGUUGAACUGGGCGCCAUGUUGCACACGCGUGGCAUCUCCGGCGUGCGAGUGGUGCCCGUGGCUCAGCUGAAGUCCAUCGAUGGAUAUGAAUUCAAGCAUUUCGGUGCGCAUCAUGAUCUGCUGGAGGUGCCCUAUUUAACUGUCGCCGCAUCACUGGGCAUCACUUGUCCCGAUAUUGAUAAGUUCUUCGAGGUGUUGGAAAAGUGCUGGACACAGUUCAACAAAACCACAGAUAAGCAAUAGAAAUAUUGCAAUUAAUUAUAUUCUCAAGUCGGGUGAUUAAGAAUGUAUAAAGUGUGUACAUAUUUGCAUAAUCUAUAUAUAUAUAUAUAUCU